UCGUCCGAUACAAAAAUACGCGCUGACCUUUACACUGUAGUAAGACGUUUGCUUAAUGGUCAGCGGCGUCGCUAUGGGAGGUACAUUCAGUUAUCCAAUUAGAAACACGAAACGGAGCAUGUAGGUAGAAAGAUGUGAAUGUGGCAGAAAAUAUAUUUAGCGAAUUCACCUUUGACGUUUGCCUAUUUGUUUACCUUAACGUGCCAUAUAACGGAAGGAUCGUUUAUGCUCGAUUAUUUGGCAACCCUGUUAUGAGCUUGAUCGGAUUGGCUGCACUCUAAAAAGGACUACGCGUGAAGGUUCACCAAGUUUGAUGCGCUCGGCUGUGUGAGCUUCCACACCAUGAGUGGGGAGCCUGAUGCACUGGCUGUGGUGAACCAGCUGCGGGACUUAGCAGCUGAUCCUCUCAAUAGACGAGCCAUCGUUCAGGAUCAAGGAUGCCUUCCAGGCCUUAUUUUAUUUCUAGAUCACUCAAACCCUCAGGUUGUCUACUCUGCACUUCUGGCUGUCCGCUAUCUAGCAGAAUGCCGUGCCAACAGAGACAAAAUGAGAGGAGAGCUGGGGAUGAUGCUUAGUUUGCAGAAUGUUAUACAAAAAACGACUACACCUGGAGAAACAAAACUGUUGGCCUCUGAAAUCUACGAAAUUCUUCAGUCCUCCAGUAGUGCAGAGGCUGAUCAGACAGAUGAAGCAAGGUCUUGUAGACGCAAAGCUCAGUUCUUCCUUGGAACCUCAAACAAGCGUGCCAAAACUGUGGUUUUACAUAUAGAUGGCCUUGAUGAUGCUACACGUAGAAAUCUUUGUGAAGAGGCUUUGCUUAAGAUUCGAGGAGUCAUCAGUUUCACUUUCCAGAUGGCUAUAAGACGAUGUGUUGUGAGGAUCAGGUCUGACUUGAAAGCAGAGGCCCUGGGCUCUGCAAUAGCUUCAACCAAAGUCAUGAAGGCCCAGCAGAUAGUUAAAGGUGAAAGUGGUGAAGAGGUCCUGAUCCCAUUCCAAGAUGAUAUCUCUGUAGAAGUCGAGCAGAAUACAGAUCUGCCUGAUUAUUUACCAGAGGAGGAGAGCCCUUCCAAGGACCAGGACAAAGCUGUUUCCCGAGUAGGAUCAAAGCAAGAUGGAGCUGGUUGGCUGAGCACAGCUGCAAAUUUUUUAUCUCGGUCAUUCUAUUGGUGACAGGAGUUUGGGAGAACUGGGAGCUCUGAGAGAAUUGCUUUAGUUUCUUUGGGAGCGGUGGACUGCUAAGUGCAAUUUGCAAUAAUAUUUGCAGUGUAUUUACUUUCAAAAAAACAAAA